AUGGCUGACCAGAACAAGAAGAACGACGACUUCGUGGCUAAGAUGCCCGAGUCUGCCAACGAGAACAAUAUUGGCGAUGGUGACAAGGAGGACGACUCCCUUGUUGGCCGCGGCCCAGGCACUGAUGCCCUCCCCGCGCAGCCUUCAGGCUUCAUGAACAAGAUCGAGAACAGCGGGCCAUUCUCUAUUCUUGCCUACUGUCUGUCUUCUAUUUCCAUGACCGUCGUCAACAAGUAUGUUGUGUCUGGUACAUCAUGGAACCUUACUUUCUUCUAUCUCGCAGUCCAGUCCAUUGUCUGCAUUGUUGCCAUCACAGCAUGCAAGCAAUUCGGCAUGAUCAAGUCCCUCGCUCCCCUUGAGAUGGACCGCAUCAAGAAGUGGUACCCAAUUUCGCUCGUCCUCGUUGGUAUGAUCUACACAAGCACCAAGGCUCUGCAGUACCUCUCCGUGCCUGUCUACACCAUUUUCAAGAACUUGACCAUCAUCGCCAUUGCUUAUGGUGAGGUCCUUUGGUUUGGUGGUUCCGUCACACCCAUCGCUCUCUCUUCAUUCGGUCUCAUGGUUCUGAGCUCUGUGGUUGCUGCCUGGGCUGAUAUCAAGAGCGCUAUCUCUGGUGACUAUAGCGCCACUACUGGUGAUGCUGAUGCUCUUGCGACUUUGAAUGCCGGUUACUUCUGGAUGGCCAUGAACGUCUUUUGCUCUGCUUCUUAUGUUUUGGGCAUGCGCAAGGUUAUCCACAAGAUGAACUUCAAGGAUUGGGACACUGCUAACAAGUCGAUAGCCAUGUACUACAACAAUCUCCUCACCAUUCCUGUGCUUGUCUUCUUCUCUCUUGUCACUGAGGAUUGGUCCAGCGCCAACUUCGCCAAGAACUUCCCUGAGGACUCGCGCAACCGUAUCUUGAUCGGUAUCAUCUACUCUGGUCUCGCCGCUAUCUUCAUUUCUUACUGCUCCGCCUGGUGCAUCCGAGUCACCUCUUCCACCACCUACUCCAUGGUUGGUGCUCUCAACAAGCUGCCCAUCGCCGUCUCUGGUCUCAUCUUCUUCGCUGCUCCCGUUACCGUUGGAAGUGUUUCGGCCAUCUUUAUCGGUUUCGUCUCGGGUAUCGUGUAUGCUUGGGCCAAGGUCAAGGAGAACGAGGCCAAGAAGAACGCUCUUCCCACAGCUGAGAGCCGAGAGCCAUCAAAGUAA